GCGGAGGGAGGGAGGGAGGGGGCGUCGGCCGUCGGGUCGGUUCGAUGGGACGCGGCGGCGGCGAGGGCCUCCACCCAGCCAGCCCCGGCGGCCUGAAAAGUGAAUCCGAUUCCAUGCCCGUCCCCCCCUCAACCCGCCACUUUCUGUAGCAACAUUCCUGCCUCCCUCUCGCUCUCCGUUUCUGCUUUGCUUAUUAUUCCUUCCACCCGCUUGCUUCCCCUUCCCCUCCCUGCCCUGGAAGAGGAGGAGGGCAAGGAAGAGGGCCGACCCAUCGUCGAUGUCGGACCGGGAGCUCCCGCCGCCGCUGCGAUCCAUCCGAAUCACAGGGGACGGGAGAUGCCUGUUCCGGUCCGUGGCUUACGGCGCCUGCAUAAGGAGAGGCAAGCAGUCGCCGAGCGACAGCGUCCAGAAGGAACUCGCCGACGAGCUUCGAGCAAAGGUUGCAGAUGAGUUCAUCAAGCGAAGAGGAGAUACCGAAUGGUUCCUCGAAGGCAAUUUCGAGAGCUAUGUGCGUAAGAUGAGAAAGCCUCAUGCCUGGGGUGGAGAACCUGAGCUGCUCAUGUGCUCCCACGUCCUUGGGAUGCCCAUCACCGUCCACAUGUACACCAAGGGCGCCGAUAACCCCAGGAUCAUAGCAGAGUAUGGCCAGGAGUACGGCAAGGACAACCCGGUCCGUGUUCUAUACGACGGUUAUGGGCACUACGACGCGCUGCAGCCAUCUCUUGUAAGAACACAACCAAGACUGAGAGGAGCGUAGCUAACCGGAGAAUGACGCGCUAUGUAAGCUUCUUCUACUACUUCUCUAGGGCCGCCGCAUAAACUCCGACAUCUGCUGCAACUUGGUUUCGUUCGAGUUGGCAGAUCGCGGUAUAGCACAUAUGGAAGUUCAGCCCGGGUUCGCUGCUCUGUCGUUCGAUCUUCUUCGAGGCUGACGUAUAAAUAAGCUUCGCGUGUGUAACUCCUGAUCCAGUCAGGGAAUUUAACUGCAUAAACUUACACUGCGUCCAGCUUAAAAUGGAGUGUUUUGUGUAAAUUCUGGAAUGUUUUAUUCUGAAAGCUUGCUGAUGGACAUAUGAUUCGCCGACAAUUACUUCGAAGCAACUGAAUUCUCACGGCGAAUGUGAAUACAAUCUUUUUCCAGAGUGUGAAUACAAUCUUAUUUUGUUA